CGCGGUCUUCGGCUGCUCCUCGCGCCCCUUCGCCUUCGCCUCCUCUCGCCGGCGUCGGGCCACGCGCCCCGAGCCCGCCGCGUUCCCGCCGCCGGCUUCCCGUCGCGGCGCGACUCUCAGGGCCAAAAUGAGUCUGUUUGGAACAACCUCGGGUUUUGGAACUGGCGGGACCAGCAUGUUUGGCAGCACGACGACGGAUAACCACAACCCGAUGAAGGACAUUGAAGUGACGUCCUCUCCUGACGAUAGCAUCGGUUGUCUGUCCUUCAGCCCGCCGACCUUGCCCGGCAACUUUCUCAUUGCAGGAUCCUGGGCGAACGAUGUUCGCUGCUGGGAGGUCCAGGACAGCGGGCAGACCAUCCCCAAGGCCCAGCAGAUGCACACGGGGCCGGUGCUGGGCGUCUGCUGGAGCGACGAUGGGAGCAAAGUGUUCACAGCAUCCUGUGAUAAGACUGCCAAGAUGUGGGACCUCAACAGUAACCAGGCAAUCCAGAUUGCGCAGCAUGAAGCUCCUGUUAAAACCAUACAUUGGAUCAAAGCCCCCAACUACAGCUGUGUGAUGACCGGGAGCUGGGAUAAGACUCUGAAGUUUUGGGAUACACGAUCCUCAAAUCCUAUGAUGGUUUUGCAGCUCCCCGAGAGGUGUUACUGUGCUGACGUGAUCUAUCCUAUGGCUGUGGUGGCAACUGCAGAGAGGGGACUGAUCGUCUACCAGCUAGAGAAUCAGCCCUCUGAGUUCAGGAGGAUAGAAUCCCCACUGAAGCAUCAGCAUCGCUGCGUGGCCAUUUUUAAAGACAAACAGAACAAGCCGACUGGUUUUGCCCUGGGAAGUAUCGAGGGGAGAGUCGCCAUUCACUACAUCAACCCCCCAAACCCUGCCAAAGAUAAUUUUACCUUUAAAUGUCAUCGCUCCAACGGAACCAACACUUCCGCCCCUCAGGACAUCUACGCGGUAAAUGGCAUCGCAUUCCAUCCUGUGCAUGGCACCCUCGCCACUGUGGGGUCUGAUGGCAGAUUCAGCUUUUGGGACAAAGACGCCAGAACAAAACUGAAAACUUCGGAACAGCUGGACCAGCCGAUAUCGGCCUGCUGCUUCAACCACAACGGGAACAUCUUCGCGUAUGCCUCCAGCUACGACUGGUCCAAGGGACAUGAAUUUUAUAAUCCUCAAAAGAAAAAUUACAUUUUCCUGCGUAAUGCCGCUGAGGAGCUGAAGCCCAGGAAUAAGAAGUAGUGGCCCAGGCUUCCGGGCGUCCCGAGUUGUUUUUGUUCCACUUGCCUCAUCGACGUGCGGACUUGGGCCCCAGCUUUUGGUGGGGCAGCAGCCGUGGCCGUGGAUUUCAACCCCGGGAGAAGUGUCUUGGCAGCAGCGAACCCCUGCCUGGGGACUGCCGUCUCCGCCCGUCACAGCUGCUGGGCACUCUCUGAGGGAUGACAUGACUCUAGAAGGUAGAGUCGUCAUGGCGGCAGCUGGCUCGGCAGCGCCUCCCUCGGCAGCGCACGUGUUAGGGAGCGGGAACAUUCUGUGAACCUUGUACUGUAUUUUGUAAUAAAAUAUUUUGAAGAUGGCUGCCAGGCUCUCUGUGUCCGUCUCCCCUUCCCCUCCCAUCAGCUCGCAAGUGGCCGGGCUGCCUGUCAUCUUUGAGGGAGUUGAGUUGAGAUUUCGGAUGCG